AUGAACAAAACGACUUUACUUGGACCUUUGCAUAUUCGAGUAUUAUUUCCUCACUUAUUGACACUCUCAAAAACUGAUCCUAGAAGGCUGGGUGCUCCCAAGUCAAUAACUCAAUCCAAAGCUGUUGAUUUAGAACUCUAUACCUAUUUUGCACUUUUACUAAGAGACUUUAUUCAUCCUUGGUAUCGCAUGUUAACUACAGACCAAGACUUGACUGAAGAAAUACUGACUAUCUUGACAUGGAUCAUACAAAACCUAGAGAAAAGAUUAUGUGAAGAGGUGGAUUGGACAGAAUUAAUAUUGCUUGAUUUACCUAAACUGUUUACGAUGCAUUAUCAUGAUUAUCGACAAGCAAAACGCCGUUUGCAUAUGGAUCAUGGCAGUGGCUGUCAUUCACUUGUGGAUCUGUUUCAUGGUAUGCAGCCUCAUUAUGCUCUUCAGCCAAUAGAAAACCGUGAAAAGGAAUACUUGAGUAUGUUGACAGAAUCCUUGCUCAGGAUCUUACUUCGACCUGAAGAUUAUCAAAGUGGUUGUCUUCUAAGUUCAUAUGAGACUAGAUUGGAUGAGUUAGAAGCAUCAGGGAAAUUCUCAGAGACUUAUUUUAGUGCACUUACCAACAGUAAUCUUUCAAAGACUCAAGAACAAACAGAACAAGAAACCCUAACACAACAAAUGCAACGAUUGCAAGCACAGAGAAACCAAGAAGAAGAAGAAUCAUUUGAAGACUUAAAGCAACCAUUGCCUCAAGAAACUAAGCGAAAAAGGUUUUCAUUUGGUUAUAUUACAUUGCAAGUAGUGUUGGCACCCUUCUAUACACUUUGGCUACACCUUAUGGCUACCAUGACACAAUCUCAAGAGAGAUAUCACCGUGUCAACCAACACAAGAAGCGAACAAGGCAAGUACGUUUAAUUGAGCCGUUGAUGGAUUUGGCAUAUGUUGCUUGUCGAGUGGAAGAAAGACCCGUGCUGCAAUGGGCAUGGCAAAUGGUCGGUAUGUUCUUUUGGCCAUUGAUUCGUGUGUUUGGUGGUGGUUUAUUGGUAGACAAAUUCUUGGAGCAAACAGUACUUCAUAUGUUGAGUGAAGAUCAUAUUGUGUUCUAUUUAAGGAUGGGAAGUGAUUUAUUAUGGCCAGAGGGUGUCUUUAUCCAAAAAGCAGAUCCACCCACACCUUUGCAAAGAGAACAAAUGCGUGUUCGAGCUGAAAGACUCUUGACUGUCGUUAUACCAGGUAGAAAUGGGCUUAUGAAUGUCUUAAUAUUGAUACUUUGA